AUGGCGCGUAAAGGCCCUGGUACAGACGGCCCUCUACAGACAGCCCUUCUGGAAUCCACGUCUGCAGCCACAACAAGAGCUUCUGAAGGACAGAAGAUCUUCAGCCCCAUAGCUGCAUUCCUUGAUAAACACCGCAGCCAAACCACCGGCCUUGCUCCUCACCUACUGAGAGCCCUCACCGCUCUAAGCGAUGACCUCGCCUCGGUAGCUCAACAACAUUUCAAUGCCUAUAUCAGCGGUAUCUCGACAACCUCCAUCCUACCUGCUCUGUCUCCUUCCCCUUCCUCUUCCCCCACCCUAAAUCCCUUACCCCCUUCACCCCCUCCCUCACGUCCCCCCUCAGGUCUUAACCAGUCAACUUAUGCGACUAUUACCCAAUAUGCCCCGGUCAAAUUAACUCCCACCACUCACCCUAAAGCCUCCGUCAAAAAGCCUAUGCCUCUGGUGAAACAACCCCUUCCUGACAACCGGCUCUUCAUACGCCUCCCAGCUGACCAUGCAGCUAGAAAAAUGGAAGCCUACGCCAUCUACUCUAGCCUACGGUCUCAACUAAACUCAAACAGUUCAGCACUAAAAGAAGUUCAAGCCACAAAGACUGGCUUUGCACUAUGUCCCUCAUCUCCAGAAGCCCUCCUAGCCCUUGAGGCCCAAAAAGAGAUUAUCUCUGCAUUCUUUGUUAACUGCCAGAUAGAACGCAGCUCCCGAUGGGUCUCGUACCGAGUCACCAAUGUGCCAAGGAAAAUUGGCCAAAUCUUGGAUGAAAUCAGUGAAACUACAGGGCUCAAGCUUAUAUCUAUCAGCGAGACCGCUACAAGUGCCGCCAACCCUGCACUAUCACCAAUGCUCGUCACCUCUCUAAGAGAACAACAGUUACCCAAUGCACACAAUGCUAGAAAUGGCAUAAUGCACAAUCCUGUGCCCGCCCCCCUCGAUGCCGGCUCUGCGGCUCCUCAGAGCAUACUGAACAGGAACAUGUCAACCGCUGCACAGCCCUAG